GGUUGGCCCAGGACCAGAGCCCUCAGCUGAGCCAGUGCACAUGCUCCUGAGUGGUACCCCACCCUCUGUAUCCCUGGUGCCUGCUUGCAGCCAUCGCUGCCUCUGCACUUCUCUUUUUCACUUGAAUGUGCUUCUUAUCUUCUCCAGGGCUGAGGUCACCCUUUGUGUCAGUGGGAGUCUGCUCUUGUUCCUUUCAGUCCUGGCAAGAAGAAGCAGGAACUCUAAAAAGCGGCAAUUAUCACUCCUGGCUCCUAUGUACGGUGCCCUGUAAAUAAUUUAUUUGGAUUCGAGGGGCCGGAGGCUGGAAAACAUAUUGCAUGGUGCAGUAACCGGGCUGAUUCUGUGUUUAAAACUUGAAUGCAGCAGGAAAGGAAAUGUGUCUGAAAUCAGAGAUGUCAAGCAACCUGAGAACACAGGUGUAAGUGCUGGAGAUAGGUGGACGGCCGCAAGGAGGAGGAUUUUCGGGGCAUGCAGAGGUCACCCUGGAGGUUCCCACAUGCCUGUCCUGCAAACUUUGCAGCUGAGGUUCGGCAACAACUAGGUCUGGAGCUUGAAAGCUCCGGGAGAUGCCCCGGCCCAGGUGCACCCCAAGUGCCUCCCACUGCACUCGAUACCUGGAUUCAACAAAGCAAAUUGUGUUGGCCAGGCUCGCCGGCUGAAGUCAUAAGAUUCCGCGUGUCAUGCAGCAGCCUGGAAUUCCUGCAAAACCUCAUCAGAAGGGGUCUGCUGCCCGCCAGGCAGAAGCAGCCGUCCACCGGACUUUUCAGAUCAGAACGUUUAGCACAGAGUUGAAAAACCACGUGAUGGUCAUGGAUUUUGUGAAGAGGAAUUGGUUUCCCUCCCAGAGAAGAGCCAAAGCGUGUAUCAUCCAUAUGUAUCAAGGCCUGAAGACAGCUGAGCAGACAGCCAGCAGAUACGAGAUCCACAGUCGGCUCUUCUCAUGCCCCAAGGACCACUCUGCCUGGGAAAGAAAUGAGAGUCUUUCAAAAGCAGGAUUACGGGACCAUCAGUCCAGUACCUGCGAUCAGAUUGCCCUUAGAAAUCUCCUCGACGUUACAGAGAAGAAAUCUGACGUCACCAAGGGGGCUCUGGCAUCUCAGAACACAAAAAUGAUUUCAUCCGUUGUCAUUUCACAUCUGAUUGAUGAAAAUAAAUCAAAAGAAAAUGGAGCCGCGUUGCCUGUGCCGUGCGCCUAUUCCACGAAGCCCUCUUUUGCUAAUCGCAGCGGUGUCACCAUUAACAGGGCAUUUGAAAUCCUUCCUGGAGGAUUAGGAAUGCAGACCUCUGCAGGGCAGCAAGGACCUGUAACACAGCAGCCACCCCAAGAGGAGAAGCCCUGCGGUGGCUCCCAGAAAGGGUUUGCAUCCAUCACCAUAACAGCCAGGCGCGUGGGCCCCCCCGCCAGCACCCUGGUGUGGGAGGCUGUGGGGGACCCCCUCUGGAUCAGGUGCAGGGCGCAGGAUGCUCUGUUCAGAGACCCCUCCAUGCUGGCCAGUGGUACCCAUCCAUGUCCACAUCAGGCACCUUUUGGCUGCACAGAAUUCUCCAGAAACUGCUCUGUGAUGGGGCUGAAGGUCCCCGAGGCCCACGCAGGGCUGUGUGAGGGACAGGACUGCUGGAUGACCAACGAGGGCAACGGGGGGGACAGUUUUUCUCCAGGCACCCCACGGUCGCGGGUGGAAAAGAGUCCUCUGGUGUUCAGCUCUUGCGUUCAUCUCAGAGUGUCCCAGCCGUGUCCAAAUUCCAUCUACUACCUGGACAGGUCCCUCUCUGUCCCCAUCGAGCCCCCUCGACUUGCUGGCCCUAAAACACACAGAUCUGUCCUGUCUCUCAACCUGAAUUGCAGUUCACACAGACGGACACCAGAUGGAGCAGGUGGCACAGUGAACAGAGAGCCAAUAAGCGCAGCUCUAACGCCGAAGCCCACGGAGGGAAAGCAGCUCCUCCUGGGCCCUUGCUGGAACCUGGGUUUGCAAGAAAGUUUCUUGGAGGAAAACCCAUCACUGGGGAGGGUGCCUGUGGGCACCGGCGCAUGUCCUUGGAGAGGCUCUUCUCCAUUGGAAAAUACAGCAUUUGCAGCUUCGGGAACUAACCAGAUCCCCGGAAGAAAAGAGAAGGAGGACCCAACAGCUCAUUGUCACACCGACAGUCAUGGUCCUGCCAACCAACUGUCCAUCCACAUCCCCGGCUGGAGCUAUGCGGCAGUAGAAGCAAAAGCGUUUUCUGGAAGCAGCGAGAAGCAGCAAGGAGGAGCACGUGUGACUGUGUCGGCUCCCCCAGUGGAACAGAAACCUGCUAAAGAUCUCCUUGCCGAUGGGUCUAGUGCUCCAAGCAGCCGCUGUCAGUCUAGUGGCCUUUCUGAGCCCGCAGAGAGUCACCAGCGAGGCUUCCUGCAACCCAGGAUCCCUUUAGCUGGGUUCCUCUGCCCCUUCCAAGAUCUGUGCACAGCUCCACAGAAAGACCCUGGUGUUCAGAUAGAAAGAGAGUUCCCCGCAGGAGACUACACGUGCUGUGACUUGGUUGUUAAAAUAAAGGAGUGCGAGGAGACUGAGGACCCCACCACGCAGGAGCCCACGGCCCCCGAGCCAGCGCCCCCUGGGAGACCCGAGACCUGCCACCUGUCCGAAGAGUGUUCUGAGUACCAGCAGAUGCCCACAAGCUCCUUGACCUUGCAGGAGGCGCUGGAAGUCCGCAAACCUCAGUUCAUUUCUCGCUCGCAAGAACGUCUAAAGAAGCUUGAGCACAUGGUACAGCAGAGAAAAGCCCAGCAGAAGGAGAGCCUGGGCCAGAAGCAGAGUCUCCUUCCUGUCCGGGCCAACAAGAAGCAGUUCACCGUCCCCCACCCUCUCAGCGAUAACUUGUUCAAGCCCAAAGAAAGGUGCAUUUCAGAGAAGGAGAUGCACAUGCGAUCGAAAAGAAUCUAUAAUAACUUGCCGGAAGUGAGAAAGAAAAAAGAAGAACAAAAGAAAAGGGUGAUCUUACAGAGUAACAGACUCCGGGCCGAGGUCUUCAAAAAGCAAUUACUGGACCAGCUCCUUCAAAGGAACGCAGUCUAACCGCAGGCUGCCCUGCUGACCCUCUACCUGGACCUGGGAUGACUUCAAACGCUGGAUAAACCAUUAAACUUCGUGUUAUCUUCGUGACGUGAAAUACUUGUUUUACUUUUUUUUUUUUUUUUUUUUUUUUUUAAUAAAGGAAAGCAUAGCUUCCUGAAUUACUGACCCAAACCAAGCAGAAACAGUAAUCCUUGAGGGAAUGGGUCAUCAGACGGUUAUAGGGUAACCAGCUCCACGGACCCAUUAAACACAGUCCAUUCAUUUUUCUCCAUCUGAGUUUUAUCUUUUGCUUCUGAUUUGUUCCUGCCGCCCAUUUCCACCCAGGCAGAAAGGCCUUAUAUGCUCACAUGGGGUGAGAUCCCAGGGGGGCUAUUUUUUUUAUUAUUAUUAUAUUUCCAGGACCGGAAUGCAUCACCUAAAAAAUACCAGUGCCGACCUGUGCCAGGUUUUUGCCCUCCCAACCUUGAGGUAUUCAUCACGCAGGGUGUUUGAAGCCUCUCUGGAUGUGCGCACUGGGUAAAGCCAGAGGCUGGCUUUGGAAACAGGUGAUCUGCUGGGGACCGGGGAGCAGCGGCCUGUUUCUCUGUGACCUGGCGGGGGCAGGCAGAGCAGCCCUCACCACCCUCACCCCACUCCCAGGACCAUUCUUCAUUGAGCAAAAGAGUCUAUUUCCAUGGAAGCCAGGAGGGCAGAAGUGGCUGAAAAAACUUGUAGGUAACUUCAGUGUUUUCAGCACACUGCCCCCCUGCCCCAAGAAAGCUGUGUUGCUAAAAAUGGCCUGAUGGCUCCAACCUCAUUUGUUCCUCCAGUUGCAAAUGUCCUUUAUUUAUAAAUGUGUGUUUGGGGAGUUGCGAACAAUAGUUUUAUGAAAAUGGAAAUAAAUGCAGUUAUUACAAAAA